AUGGACUAGUAAGAUUUAAAUUCAUUAGGAUUACUUGGGAUUCUUGAUGUCCGUUUGAUCUAUUAGUUAUCAAAAUAUUUAUUGGUACGGGAAGUGUUAUAAUUGGGGUUAACAAAUUCAUUUUUUAAAGAAUAUCUCUUAAAUUUCAAGAAAAGGGAAAUACAUUUAGAGUAACUAGAGUAAGUGACGGAUGAUGGAAUUAAGUUAUACUUGGAAUUAGAUAUUUCAGAUAUAUACGAUAAAAUUACAGCUAUUAUGGCGACAGUGGAAACCAAAGAUCAAGGAUGGGCAAGUGCCUCUUACUCGACGUCGUGGGUAACCUUGACUCUUUUCAACAACCCAUAGGAUUAUCUAACACAUGGGGUUUAACCAUUCGAACACAUAAUACAUUCAAAUUACAGGGAGGCCAAAUACGCUUAAAGGAAGGCAACAAUUACGGAAAUUAUGACCAUUAAUGAUAAGAAUAAAUAGAAGUAAGAGACUCUCCUUGGAAUUGUUGCUAAGGGGGAAUUUCAAAAGUUGGGGAUAGUGCAGAAAUGUCAAUAUCCAGGGUGGUAAUGCUUUAUGAAAAGUGGGAAGAUUGAAGUUUGGUAUAGAGAUUGAUAGUAUAUUGAUUGGUUUUC